CUCAGGCGCUGCGUAUGCAGAGUGGAGAGGCUCACGUCUUGACAGCUGCAGCAGUUCUGGGGUAGCAGAAGCAUGCCUCUCUUCCGUCGUUCUUUAAUGGCUGGACCUAGAAGAUGCUUCUCAUCACUCUGAAGGCCCCCCCCCACCCCCCACUGAUGCUCUUUCAUCCCUCUCCACCGCCCACCCCUCAGUGCAAUUUCUCUUCGGAUAGCAGGUCCCUCUCCCCCCACCCUCUCUUAGUCCAUUUCUAGAUGAUCGCUCUCCCUGACUAUUUUUUAUGCUCUGCUGAGUGCUGUUGCUUCCUUUCACGGCCCAGCUGCCUGUCUCACUUUGCCUUGCCUCGUGAAGAUUUAUGGAACUGCAGUAAUAAACUGUGUUUGAGCGAUCUUCUUUUCCGAUAAUCCUCCUCGGGUGAGCACCCAACUGGGUGGGUGUGAUUCGAGCAAGGCUGCAUUGAUGUCCAGUCUGGGACCCCUCCCCAUUGUGAUGGUGUCAGCAGCUGCCAGUGAGGCAUUGGCAGCACUACGGACCUAGCCAGGUUUUUUUGGACAGAAGAAGACGCUUCGUGACCUGUCCUGUUUUCUCGUGUAAAGACCUGCCACGUAUCUUUCUGAGAAAGAGGGUUCCACGCUGCAUUCCCUUCCUGUACCCGGUAGUAUCCUCAGGUGUGAUUUCCACAGAAUAGGCAAUACGCCUUUACUGCAGGUAAAAGAGUACUGAAUGGAUGAAUCAGCACAGGAGAGCUUUCAUCUAUCACCUGCUUCAGUUAAGCCCUCCGAUGCAAUUCCUUUUCUGGAAGGAUUUUACCUUGACGUUGCUUCAGCUUUGUUUCUGACCGUGGAUUGAAUCUUUCAAGACAAAACCUUUCGUCAUCUCCGUGGGCUGCAACUUGGGAACAGCUGGAGUGGCGUUGAGCCAUCUUGCUUGGAGCUCCUCCUGAAUUGUCUACAGGAUCCCGAGAGGACUAGUGCCCACAUGAUCUCAGCGGAUGAUGCAGAAUAUCCAAGGGAAUACCGGACCCUGGGAAAUGGCACACGCCGUUUCUCCAACGUAGGGCUGGUGCAUACCUCAGAACGCCGACACACUGUCAUCGCUGCCCAGAGCCUGGAAGCCCUUACGGGGCUCCAAAAGUCUGAGAUGGAACGGAAGCGGGACGCCUUCAUGGACCACUUGAAGAGCAAAUAUCCCCAGCAUGCCCUGGCCAUCCGAGGGCAGCAGGAGAGGAUCCGGGACCAGCAACCCAACUACUGGAGCUUUAAGGAGGCAUCCAUCUGGAAGCAUCUAAAGUGCCCUGCACCUGAACAGGGCAACAUCCUUGCGUCUCCAGCAAAUGGCUGCCAGUGCUUUGUUCCCCCAGCAGGAGACGAAAGAGGAGAGACUCGAAGCUCCCGGCACACACAGGGUUCUCAGCCUGGCCUGGCUGAUCAAGCCAAACUCUCCUUUGCAUCGGCAGAGUCUCUGGAAACCAUGUCUGAAGCCGAAUUGCCCAUAGGGUUCAACAGAAUGAACCGCUUCCGGCAAAGCUUGCCUUUGUCCCGUUCUACCAGCCAAACAAAGCUUCGGUCGCCAGGCAUCCUUUUCCUGCAGUUUGGAGAUGAGACGAGACGGGUUCACAUCACCCAUGAGAUUAGCAGCAUGGAUACUCUACAUGCCCUCAUCGUCCACAUGUUUCCCCAGAAGUUGACAAUGGGCAUGCUGAAAUCUCCCAACACUGCCAUCCUGAUUAAGGACGAAUCCCGUAAUGUGUUCUAUGAGCUGGAGGAUGUCAGAGAUAUCCAGGAUAGAAGCAUUAUCAAAAUCUACCGGAAAGAGCCCCUUUAUGCCUCCUUCCCUGGCUCCCAUAUUACUAAUGGUGACUUACGGAGAGAAAUGGUCUACUCUUCCAGGGAGUCCUCUCCGACCCGGCGCCUGAACAGUAUGUCCCCUGCUUCCCAUCUCACUUCUGGCUCUCCCCCACCGGUGCUUCAGUCCUCCUCACCAUCCCGUUCCCGCAUGUCUUAUAGUGGAGGGCGCCCACCUUCCUAUGCGGGCAGCCCCGUACACCAUAGUGAACGGCUCUCCAACCUGCCUCCAGCCCAGGGUGUCUCACCAAGCCCAAGUGCUAUUUUGGAACGCCGGGAUGUCAAGCCAGAUGAAGACCUGGCUGGGAAGAACAUGGUGCUCGUGAAGAACGAAGGCCUGUAUGCUGAUCCUUACAGUAUGGUGCAUGAAGGACGUCUGAGCAUUACAUCCACUCAGUCACUGGCUGGGAUGGGAGACCCGUUUGCUUAUCCUGGGGGUCUCUAUAAGCGAGGCUCCGUCCGGUCCCUCAGUACCUAUUCAGCUGCUGCCCUUCAGUCAGAACUUGAAGAUAGCUUAUACAAACCCAAUGCACAGAUAUAUAGUGAUACCUAUGGUCCAGGGAUGGGCUUUCGCCUGCCCCCAUCCUCCCCCCAGAAAAUUGCUGAUGGCCGUCUAGUAGACGUUCAGCAGAGCCAAAGCCCCCACAGCCCUUAUUCGGGGCCUCCAAGCCGGUCUUCACCAGUUCGCCAGACUUUUCGCAAAGACUCUUGCUCCUCUGUCUUCAUGGAAAGUCCUGUCAACAAGCCGCGGAAUUCUAGUUCUUCAGGGCCCCCAGAGCUCUUCCCUGGUCCUGGAGAACGUCCCCUUUCAGGAUUCAGUUCACCUGUGCCUGCCAAGGAUACAGAAACAAGGGAGCGCAUGGAAGCCAUGGAGAAGCAGAUUGCCAGCCUCACUGGCUUGGUGCAAAGUGCAUUGAUGAGAAGUUCUGAUGCAGAAACGCCUAGUGAGAGGACAGACGGAACUAAUGGAGGGACACCUCCAUCUGCACCCCCCUGCAGAAGCAGUGGAGGGACCCCAGUUCCUCCUCCCCCAUCGGGUACUGGUACUCCAGGUGGGCAACCCACUGCCAUCACCCGUCUGCACAUGCAGCUCCAUCUCCAUGACUUGCAGCAAAAUGCCAGUGAUCUCCGCAAUCAGCUCCUGCAACUGAAGAAACUACAGAUUCAGAAUCAAGAAACAGUGAAGACUAUGCUGCGGCGGACUGAGACCGAGAUCAGUGUGCGGGUGACGGACACCAUGCGCAAACAGGAGGAUCCAUUGCAGCGGCAACGCUCCAUGGUGGAGGAGGAGCGUCUCCGUUACCUCAAUGAAGAAGAGCUCAUAACCCAGCAGCUAAAUGACCUAGAGAAGUCAGUGGAAAGGAUCCUGAAAGAUUUGACCCACAAUCACCGACUUAUCUCUGCACAAGAGCUGGAGGAGAAGUCCCUGGUGCUUAAGCAAGUGGGAGACACCUUGACAGACCUGAAAGCUAAUUUCCCCAGCCUGCAGAGCAAAAUGCGUGUGGUCCUCCGUGUGGAGGUGGAGGCUGUGAAGUUCCUCAAGGAAGAGCCGCACCGGCUGGACGGCCUAUUCAAGCGGUGCAAGGCAGUGACCGACACCCUGACGCACGUCCGCAAGCAAGUUGAUGAAGGUAUCUGGGACUCCUCCAGCAACCUCCUCACUCAGUCUCCAAAGAAGGUGGACCCAGACAAUGACUUCAGCAAGAGUUUGGAUUUUGAAUUGCCCACCAGCCCCCCCAUGAACCUCCAUGACCUAACCUCUUCCACGGAUAGCCUGGGCACAUCUGGCUAUGGGCAAAGUCAAGGGCAGAGCCACAUGUCCAAGGGCAGCAACCCAUCCCGGGGCUCAGAGAUGGUCACUGUCAAAACCCAGACAGGCUGUGAGACCCCCAGCAAAAGGAUCGUGGACAGAUCCGUGUCUGUAGAGGCUGCCGAGCGAGACUGGGAGGAGAAACGGGCCGCCUUGACCCAAUACAGUGCUAAAGACAUCAACCGCCUCCUGGAAGAGACCCAAGCUGAACUGAUGAAAGCCAUCCCUGACUUGGAGUUUGCAGCAAAGCACAAGCAGACCUCAGGUGGAAGUGGAAGUGCAGCCUCGACCCCAGAGCACAAGUCCUCCAAGCCACAGCAUGGCCAAAAGACCACAACCAAAAUAGACCCCAGUGGCCGUCGAGGAUCAGAUGAGUUGACAGUACCCAGAUACAGAACUGAGAAGCCUUCCAAGUCCCCACCUCCACCUCCUCCCCGGCGAAGCUUCCCAUCCUCCCAUGGUCUCACCACCACCCGCACUGGAGAGGUGAUUGUCACCAGUAAAAAAGAGUCCAGUUUCAUGAAGAAAGCUGAAUCAGAAGAGCUGGAGACUCAGAAGCCACAGGUCAAACUGAGGAGGACUGUGUCAGAGGUUGCCAGGCCUGCCUCAACACCCCCCAUCAUUGCUUCUGCCAUCAAAGAUGAUGAUGAUGAAGACAGGAUCAUUGCUGAACUUGAGGUAUUUCAAAGAAGCUCUUCAUUUAUUCCUAAAUUCCGUUGUGACCAGCUUGUGCCAGAUGCAGACAUGUGGUCCAAUGGGGCCACCAUAGCAGCAGAAGGAUGGAAGAGCGGUGGUGGUAUGGCGAUUCCAGCCAUGAAGAUGGUCAACCCAGCAUCACGACUGAAGCAAACCCAGCAAGGCAGCCCAGACAAAAGCAAACACAUAAAACAACGCAUGGAAUACAUGCGCAUCCAGGGACAACAACAGGCCGCUAGAUCAACCAAGGAUCCUAGCAUGAUGAAUGAGACUUCAAGCCCAGUCUCAGAAAAGCCUACUUCGGGCAGGACCUCCAUUCCAGUACUGACUUCCUUUGGGUCACGGAACUCCUCCAUUUCGUUUUAAAAGUCGAGUUGCCAACAUCUCCAAUCGGUUGUUUUCCUACCUGCUGCUUUUGUGGGACUGGGGAGGGUGUGCAUCUCUCUUUAUGAUUUCUUCCUCCCCAGAUCUUACGGAGGCACCUAAAAAAAAAGUCCCCCACGACAUAUUUUAAGGUCCUUUCAGUAUGACCAACCUGCGGUCCCACUUCCUCCUCCGAAAUGACUGACCUACAGACUUCAUGUACUCCAAAGGAUCAUUUUCUGUAACACAACAAUGUAUUCCACAAUGACCAGUUUCUUAUCUCCUUCUCCAAAUCGACCAAUAUCUUUUUUUUCCUUGUUUUUUUCUGUUUCUCCUCAAAGCUUUCCCAAUUUAUCCCAACUUAUUGUUCUGUUCUAACAUUUUACAUUAUUUAAGUACAAAGAGUGUUAAGAAUUUUGCCAGUUCCACAUAAUAAUAAGGCUGUUGGCUAAUGGUGGUCUUUGCUGUUCAUUUAAAGGGACGGGUAGAAAGGAAUAGAAUCACUGGAAAAGCAUAUAAAAACAAGGGGAAGAAGCCCACUUCUAAAAAUGCCUCAGAACCCCAUGGAUAUUUGCUGCUAUUCAUAUUUCCUUAUGUUAAUAUAUAUAAAUAUAUAUAUAUAUAAUUGUAAUUAAUUGAUUAACAUGGAUCCUUGUAGGUGUGUGCUGAGUCAUUCAUGAAUCAAUGGUGUUUUGACUUGGGGGCAUGUAUGUGCUUCCAUUUUGUGGGUUUUUUGUUCUUUACUACCUGUAUCAAAGACUGUUCUUGGAGCGGGGGAUAUGCGUGUAUGUGCGUGUUUCGCAGAUUGAUAUAUCUGUUCUUUUUCUUCCAAGUGAUUGGAUUAAAUGUGGAAGAAGAGCAAAGACUUGAACAAGCACUGACUUUUCCUCCUGUGAACCCCCCCCCCCAAUCUUUUCAACCAUGGAGAAGCAACCAACUGUUAAAAUAGUGGUGGGGGGGAAGACUGUUAUAAGAAGGAGGUAGCAGGUUUUUUGUCUGAACGAUGCUGAGAACAGGGUCCAGAAACAGAAAGUCAUGCUUCCUAUGACAUUGAGACACAUAAAUGUAGCACUUUAAAUAUCUGUUUAGUUACCAGAUGUGUGAGAUUCCAAAAUUCAUGGAAUACCAAAUAGGAGGCAGAAGUCAGGGAGAUGAGGGUGUCAGGGUAUCUAAGAAGCUGGGUAGUCAGGGAAAAGGAGAAUGUGGGGUGAAGGAGAUGAAAGGCUGCUCUGUCAUUCCUCAACGUGAGCUUUUGGUGGAUAGGAAUGAAGGUGGGUCAGAUCAUGGAGAUCAAGGUGAGAUUCUUUCAUGAGAAGGUGGAGCCCCAUAUAAAAGCAAAACCACUGUGCAGACUUUCAUUGGCACAGAAUCUCACAACCUGCCAUAGAUGCAGGUGAAACGUCAGGAGAGAACAUGGCCAUAUAACCCAAAAAGCCUACAACAACCCAGUGAUUCUGGCCAUGAAAGCCUUCGACAAUAUUGGCACAGGUUCUAUUAAUCAUCUAUGGAGGCCUCAAAUGUAGUACUUGAGAGACAGCAGGGUAGAGGAGGGAAGACAAAAUUGCUAAGGAAAUGUUCAGUGGGAUGUAUGUAUAGCAUAAUUUCCCAAUGGAUUGUAUGUGUGUGCGUGUGCCUCACAAACAAGUUGCAUCUUGGACUAGUGGGUUUUGGAAGGCUCAGCCCAACUGGAUGGAUCUUUCCUUAUUUCUUACUUACAUUUCCACACCUUUAGGAGCUUUGAUUCUGGAUUCAAAUAGCUAAGCUAGCUUUGUGCGAAAAGUUGAGUGGGUUAUUGGGGUCUGUUCUUUCUUGGCCUUUGAGAUGCAGAAAAAAUCAGGAUGCAGGAAGCACAGCAGGUCAUAAAAAAGAAUAUUGUCUAGUGAAGGAGACAUGUGUGGUGUGGGAAUGCAAGAAUGUUACGUGACGAAGGCUGAAUCAUUCGCCAAGUUCUGAAUCACUGGUCGGCUGGCAAGAAAGAUGAGGAAUGGUUUGUAGCGGAGCUUGGAAAUGGUACCGUUUGGACUACAAUUCCUAGGUUUCCCCGUCGGAAUUAUAGUUCAAUAUAUGAUUACCAUUUUCUAAGUUUGUACCAUCAUGAUUACCAUUUUCUAAGCUCCAGUUUGUACCAUGAAUAAUUUUUUUCCUUUGAAAUAACAUUGUAAUAUGAAUGUGUGUUUUCAGGCUCACAGACCAGGAUAGGGAGAGGAAUGUUCCUUAAAGAGAGAAGUAAGGGCACAGCCUAAAGGAGGAACAAGUGAUCUUGCACAGU